AUGCGCCAAGCUGGGCAUGCUGGUUGGCUGUCAGAAGAGAGGUCUAGGAGGAGGGCUGGCAUCCUGCUUGGAGGCACUGGCUUAAGAGGCCAGCACAACUGGCUUUCCCUGGACACGAGUGUGAGCCUGGAGUACCUGGUGGGUGGUGAGACCUGGAAUAGCAGGUGUGAAGGAGCAGUGACCAGCAUUGCUGUAUAUGGGGGCCAUCCUCAUGGGGAGCUAGAAGUAGUUGUGGCAGUGACAUCAGCUGUUCUGCAGCCUCAUGGCGUGAGGCUGAAUCUGGUGCCAGGAUACUUCCACCCAUAUCCUCGAGCAUUCCUGUGGCCGCCUGCAGGUGUUGCUGAUGCUCAGUGCUGUGUGCGGACACCACCUGGAUGGUUUCAUUUAAAUGUCUUUCAUGAAGAUGGCUUCUUACUGACCAUUGCACCUUCUCACCAGUUAAUGUCCCGUCAGCCCUCCUUCGCAGCACCUAAUCUGUCAUCUUCAUGUAGUUUGUGUAACUUUUGUUCCCCCCCCCCGCCUUCCCCCUUCAUCAGCACCACUCACAGUUUCCUUUUUGGAGCACUGGCUGAAUUGCUGGACAAUGCAAGAGAUUCAGGAGCUGCAAGACUUGAUGUGUUUUCAGUGGAUAAUGAAAAACUGCAGGGUGGAUUCAUGUUGUGUUUCCUGGAUGAUGGAUGUGGAAUGAGCCCUGAGGAGGCUUCAGAUAUUAUCUAUUUUGGAACAUCUAAGAAACGCUUAUCAACCUUGAAGUUUAUUGGACAAUAUGGCAAUGGUCUUAAAAGUGGCUCCAUGAGGAUUGGAAAGGACUUUAUUCUUUUUACAAAGAAGGAAGAAACAAUGACCUGUGUGUUUUUUUCUCAGACGUUUUGUGAAAGAGAAGGGCUUAGUGAGGUUGUGGUUCCAAUACCUUCGUGGUUAACAAGAACCAGAGAAUCUAUCACAGAUGAUCCUCAAAAAUUCUCAACAGAAUUGUCCAUAAUUUAUCAAUAUUCUCCAUUUAAAACCAAUGCUGAAUUGAUGAAACAGUUUGAUGUGAUCUAUGGGAAGUGUGGCACAUUGCUGGUUAUUUAUAAUUUGAAACUUCUGCUUAGUGGAGAACCAGAGCUGGAUGUUAAAACUGACAAGGAAGACAUACUGAUGACUGGACCUCUUGAGGAUGAUUUUCCAGAGAGGUGGUCUUUCAGAGCCUACACAUCUGUUCUGUAUUUUGAGCCCUGGAUGAGAAUAUUCAUUCAGGCGAAAAGAGUUCAGACAAAACACCUGUGUUACUGUCUCUACAGACCCAGAAAGUAUCAUUAUGUCACAUCUUCUUUUAAAGGAGCAUUUAGAAAUGAAGUUAAAAAGGCAGAAGAAGCAGUAAAAAUUGCUGAAUUUGUAUUGAAAGAAACACAAAUCAAAGUAAACCACCCUGACAGAACUUCUUUAUCUUCUUCUCCCAAGGAUAUAUUACAGAAAGCUAUGGAGGAUGUAGAAGUAAAGCGUAAGAUUCUCAGAGAAAAACAGAGAGAACUUAAAAAAGCAAGGACCAUCUCCCUGUUCUUUGGAGUGAACAUAGAAAACCAAAGCCAAGCUGGGAUGUUCAUUUACAGUAAUAACCGCUUGAUCAAAAUGCAUGAGAAAGUGGGACCACAGUUGAAGCUGAAGUCCUUGCUCGGUGCUGGUGUGGUUGGAAUUGUCAAUAUACCUUUGGAGGUCAUGAAACCAUCCCAUAAUAAGCAGGAAUUUCUCAAUGUGCAAGAGUAUAGUCAUCUACUAAAAGUCAUGGGGCAGUAUUUGGUCCAGUACUGCAAGGACACUGGGAUAAGUAACAGAAAUCUAACAUUGUUUUGGAAUGAAUUUGGGAACCAAGAUAGCAGGGAUGUGGACAAAUCCUUAGAUCCUCUUCAGUGUCGAAGACGACAAGCCGUGGCCAUCCCGCUUAUCAUUCAGUGUGAUCUUUGCCUGAAAUGGAGAGUCUUGCCUUCCACUACUAAUUACUCAGGAAAGGAAUUUCUUGACAUCUGGAUUUGUGCUAACAACCCUAACCUCUUGGAAAACAGUUGUCAUCACACAGAACGUUUACCUUCCAUCCCACUGGGCACCAUGAGCACAGUGUCACCAUCAAAAAAUGAGAAGGAGAAGCAGCUUCAAGAUUCAGUCCAAAGGUACCACGAUCGACUGGCAGAGCAGCAGCCACAGCCUCAGUUUAUACCAACAAGUAGGAUCACUGAAUUUACUACCACCUUCCAAACUUCAACAUCUAAGGAAAAUGUGAAAUCUCGGAAAAUUAGACCUUUGGGUAAUGAAUUGAAGCCCGAGUCUCUUGCAUCCUGUGAGCUUCCGGUCAGCCACAGAGGCUGGAAAAGAAGCGCGAAAGGGACAGACUCUGAGAGAGAUCAUAGUUCAGAGACCGGUAGGAUGAAGAAGUCUGUGCAGAAGAAAGUGAAACUGCAGCCACAGAGAUACCCAGCAGCCCUGCCAGAAUGUACUGCAGAAGCUAAGGCUUCUUCUUGGGAAAUGAAAAGGAAGAAGAGUCAAAAGUUUGCACAGAAAUAUAAGGCUUUGAUUGAAGUUGAAACCAGGAAAAGUCAUCCAGAUAUAAUCCUAGUUUCGGAUGAAAGUGACACAGAUGUUUCAUUGAAAGAAGAAAAAAAGGAAGUUUCUCUUAUGAAGAAAGAGAAACCGGAGCUGUGCAGUGACACUCCAGAAAUAAAGAGAAGCUCUUCAUUACCUAACUGGGAACGUAUGCUGACAGAAGAUUUAAGUACAAGUUCUGGAAACGAAGGCAGAGUUUCAGUGAGGGGUGGUUGUAAAGUUUCUUCUUCACUGACAAAAUCUUCACAAAGCACAUCUGUCAAGGAAACCAUGAAAAAACUGAUGUCUAACCUAAGGGAGCUUCUUCUGUACUUCUUUCAUGAGUGCGAACUACCACCAGAAUUUGGCUACACAACUGUGGAGAAACUUAUAGCAAGUCUUGAGCUGGAACAAUACCCAGAGCAGACAAACAAAAGGCUGAAAAUGUGUUUCAACCAGAUCCAGAAUGUUUGCAUGGUCCAGUAUGAAACAAAACUGAAGAGAAAAAUGCAGUCUAUUAUCUGUGAUGCAAAUAGAAAAACAUUGAUUGAUAAAGUAUCUCUGAGUCAAUGUGAAGAAAAAAGAAAAGCUACUGAAGAGAAACUGAAUAAUCUUCGUGUUAAACUCUCAUUAUUAUUGCAGAAACUUGAGCUGGGUGUUCCAGAAGGAAAUCUGGAGCAGAUUGACAGUUAUUUAGAAUCUUUGCUUCAAGAAGAUAAUUUUCUUCUCCAGAUCACUUUAAGUAAAAUGAAGAGAGGUGCUGAUGGUUCAGCCUCUUCUCAUACAGCCUCUUCAGCCAAGUGGAAGGAACAGGGAUCCUUUCUGUCCCAUCACAGCUUUGCAGUUCCAGUGGUAGUAAACAGCACAACCUUGGAGCAAGCAAUACAAGUACAGCAUGUACAUAUCACAAUCAACCCUGCAGUUUCUGCAGCCUCUAUUCAUCUCGGCUAUUCAUUAAAUAACAAUGAUCCAGGCUCUUACACGGGAAAUAAAACAUUCUUGGUAGACAGACUGAUUGAAUUAGGGUGUUUUCAGGAGACAGUCCUGCAAAAUGAACUGAUUCUAGCCCUGAAAUUCUGCAAUGAAUUAAUGGAAUGA